AUGGAUACGGAAUCAUUCUUACUCUUUUUUCGCGAACUUGUUUGUUACGCAUCAAUUGGUUACAAUUGGCUUUUUUUAGUGCUUCGUUUUGAACGAUUAACACAAGAUAUUCUUAUUUAUGUCGAAAUGCUUGAGCAACUUUUGGGCGAAAAUGCUCUUGCUCGUUGUACCAUCGUAUUUACACAUUGCAAGCUCAAAGAUAUUAAUCGGGCUAAAUGUAUCGAGGCUAAUCGAGAUUCUCCACGAAUUGUAACCAUGCUUGAAAAAGCUCAUUCAAUCAUCUUUGGUGAUAUGGAUACGUUUGAGGAUGAUGAUUCUGAUGUCGAGACACGCAAUCGAAUCAAUCAAAGUCAAGCAAAACGACGUCAACAUUUCAUGGAACAACUUCUUCAACAGAUUGAUAGCACAGAUGACAAUAUGUUAACAUUAGAAGAGUCAUGGUUUCGUACAUAUUGGGCGCGUUUCACACAAUACAUCGGCUAUUGCAUUGAGAAGAUUUUUGGUAAAUCUAAUGAAUUGAGCAAACAUUAUCGGCUUACUGCUGCAUUGAAAAAAGAAAUUCCGGUGACGAUCUAUUAUGAGAGUUGUUCGAUUUGUCUCGACUUGAUCCUUGAAAUAUGGAAUACAGAGCCAAAAGCAUGCGUUACGAAAUGUGGGCACAUAUUUCAUUAUAAUUGUCUCAAAGAAUGGUUUACCAAAAAGAAAGAAUGUCCAAAUUGUCGAGCCGAUUUACGAAGUUUACCUGAACGCAUGGUCGGUCAACGCAUCGGACUUCGCCCGAUCAAUGAUGUACUUAAAACUCCUCCUGCAGCUCCUCCUGCGGUUCCUCCUGUGGUUUUAUCUGCACCUCCUUCUCGCCCACCUACACCGUUAGGUGGAGAAGUCGAAGAAUUAAUGUCAACAGAAGAAUCAAACAAUACGAACUCUACUUAA